UUCCUCUGAUCUCCGACGCGCGCUCGUCGUGCACGCGCCCCGCACAGGAUGAUCUUGUUACAUUGUAGCGCGGCGUAACUGCGCGUCAUAAAGAGGAAGAGCGUUUGAUUCUACGCGAAUAGAACGUUUUUAAACUUUUCAUCGGAUACCUUGUAAUUCUUCAGCUGCUCGAGAACGUUUGGAGCGCGGAGGAGCGAAGCUGAUUUCCGCAGCGGACGCGGGGGUUCGGUGUCGGUCCUGACCAUCGAGAUCCCCGUGGAUGACCUCCAGAACCAUGUAUCCGCACGGAAGACCCCAGGCUCCUCUGGUGUCAGGCCACGCCGGCGUGAAAUUCACAGUCCUGGAAACUCUCGACCAUAUAAAAGAGGAAUUCCAGCUGUUCCAGGCCCAGUAUCACAGUCUGAAGCUGGAAUGUGAGAAGUUGGCGAGUGAGAAAACAGAGAUGCAUAGACAUUAUAUCAUGUAUUAUGAAAUGUCUUACGGGCUGAACAUUGAAAUGCAGAAGCAGGCAGAGAUUGUAAAGCGGCUCAGUGCUAUAUGCACUCAGAUCAUUCCACUGCUGUCCCAAGAGCAUCAGCAUCAGGUGGCUCAAGCAGUGGAAAGAUCCAAACACGUUAGCAUGGCCGAGCUCAACGCUAUCAUCGGGCAGCAGCAGUUCCAGCAUCUAUCCCAUCAUGCCCCGGGCUUCCCUCUGACGCAACACCCCUCAGGACUGACCCUGGGAGCGGGUGCGAGCCUCAUGGCUCUUCCCGGGGCUUUCCCAUUUCCCCCGCACCUGGUGCCUAAAGAGGACCUCACUCACCCCGAGCCCCUGGACUCCAGAGAUGGAGCUCCAAACAGGAGCGGUAGCGGCUCUCCGGUGAGCCAUCGGUCUGCAGGCCUGCGUCUGGGUCUUCCUCCUCCUCCCCCUUCCUCUUCCUCAUCCUCUCACGCUGAUAUGGACAGUAAACGGGGCGGCGCAGACCAGAGCAGCACAGGACGAACACGGCGGGAAAGUGGCGGGAAAAAUGAAGACGUGCUCAGAAGAGACAGCAAUAAAGAGAAAAGUGCGUCACCCGCAGGAGUCUCUCCCAGAUCGACGGAAGGGAACGGACUGAACAGCUCUCCGGUCCUCCGGAAGAAUCCGUCCAGAGAAGGCUCUUCCUCCCCUCGCUCUCAGCCACGCUCGCCUCUCUGCAAGAGCCCCACUCAGGAGAAAGUGAGAUCUCCGUCUCCUUCAGCGUCCCAUGAAUCACUCUCUCCUGGCUCUCCAGCACCUCCCCGCCCUCUCUCGUCCUCCACCCGCGGCCCGUCUCCCGCUCUCAAACACUAGGACCCACUCCAACCCAUGGAGUGAGACUAGUGAAAGACAGCCGCUACCCCUCCCCAGCCCGCCCUUCCCAGAAAGCACGGGGCCAGUCCCAGAAUGCACCGGGGCGGCCCCAGAGUGCUCGGGCCUGGGCAUCAGGUGCCUUGUCAGAAGCCCUUCAUCCGUCCUCGUGGCCCUCCGAGCCGAACUCUGAGCGAACCGCAUCUGUGUUCUCACAUGCCGGACGUAAUCAGCCAAUCAACUGCCUGACAGAUCUGUCAGCCAAUUAGAAAGAAAGCUGAAUAUUCUGUGUGACAGGCAAAUGGAGGCAAGAUACGGGCUUCUCCGUAUCAUCUACAAAUCAUCAUCGAGAUGCUUUUACUGCCAAUUUUAUGUCAAAACGAUUUCAAAACAAAGACAUGGAAACUUCUAGACAAACGGACAUUGAGGUGUUCGUGUUAUAGCACCAUUUCACUUUCUCCCCCAGAGCUUUUAACUGUGUCAGUGAAGAGCUGAAAUCACCCUCAAGUCAUCGCACCGUUCCCCCUCGCUGAAGCAGACUUUAAUAAAACUGUCAUUUUGAGUGCAGAGCAUUAGUUUCAGACAGUAUUCGAAGAGAAAUGAUGCUGUUUUUGCUUGUAAUAAACAGGCUUCUGUUGUUCAUA